CUCAGUAGAGUGUUUGCUAAGCAGCCGAGCCGGAUACCGCUGUUACUUGCUUGCGAGUGGAUGAACUAUAUUCGGUGCUUUGUUCUACAAAGCCAUCAAUUAUAUCAAAGUGACCUUUCUUUCGGUUUUUUAUAUACGAACGUUGAUUUUUUUUCCACGUAUAGGUUAUAAGUAUUUGUUCUAUUUUAUGACAUUACUCAGCGUGCGGCUUUUCCCAAACUACUUUGUUCAUUCUGUUGCUAGCUAGCGGCUUGGCUAUUGUUCCCUGAGUGUUAUUGACUUUCUACCCCACUGACCAGUCAGACAUUUUUUUUUAUCUGACCAAGAUAGGCGGCUCGGGUACCAAGAUGUCGAACCGAAUGGUGUGCAGAGAAGCGAGCCACGCCGGCAGCUGGUACACCGCCUCAGGAUCCCAGCUUAACGCACAGUUGGAGGGCUGGUUAUCUCAAGCACAAUCUAAAUUAGGACCUGCUAGAGCCAUUAUAGCACCACAUGCUGGUUAUACUUACUGUGGUGCUUGUGCAGCACAUGCCUACAAGCAAGUGGACCCUUCUAUUACCCGGAGGGUAUUUAUUCUUGGACCUUCCCACCAUGUGCCCCUGUCACGAUGUGCUCUGUCCCCUGCCGAGGUCUACAGAACACCACUGUAUGACCUGAGGAUCGACCAGAAGGUGUACGCUGAUCUCUGGAAAACGGGAAUGUUUGAGAGGAUGACUUUGCAAACAGAUGAGGAUGAGCACAGCAUUGAGAUGCACCUGCCUUACACUGCCAAAGCAAUGGAAAGCUGCAAAGAUGAGUUCAGCAUUGUUCCGGUGCUGGUGGGAGCUCUGAGUGAAUCUAAAGAGCAGGAGUAUGGCAAGCUGCUCAGCAAAUACCUUGCUGAUGAAUCCAACCUAUUUAUAAUUUCAUCAGAUUUUUGCCACUGGGGUCAACGGUUCCGUUAUACAUACUAUGAUGAAAAUCAGGGUGAAAUCUAUAGAUCCAUUGAGCAUCUGGACAAAAUGGGUAUGGGAAUUAUAGAACAGCUGGACCCCGUCUCCUUCAGUAACUACUUGAGGAAAUAUCACAAUACUAUUUGUGGUCGCCACCCCAUUGGAGUUCUACUAAAUGCUGUGGCAGAGCUGAAAAAGAGUGGUCUAGACAUGAACUUUUCUUUCCUCAAUUAUGCCCAGUCCAGCCAGUGCCGAAACUGGUCAGACAGCUCAGUGAGUUAUGCUGCUGGAGCUCUUGUAGUUCAUUGAGGUGAAUUCACCCAGGAGCAACUUCCCUGGCUUCUUGAAGACCCCGGCAACAUCUCCAACUACUUUAAAUAGCCCAAUCUCCCUCAACCUCUCCACCAUCUUUCCUUAUUUUCUCUUUGCCUUUUCCGGUGGAAGGACAUUAGAUAUGCUGAGAUGAGCUAUAAAGCAUUAAGUACUAAUUAAAUAUCUUCAACUAUUGCACCCCCCUCCCUUUUUUAUUUCCUAUUCAACUUGGUUAAUGCUCUAGUUUGAAGUACAUUUGCAGCCUGAGCUGCUGUGGAUGGUUUUCGGUUUUCAGUUUUUCCUGCAAGCUUUCCAGCAGUCGAUUUUGUAGCUUGAUGGAAUCUGCAAGGACUUUACCUGUCAAGUUCUUAAAUAUCUGUAAGAACAUUUGGUUCCAUUAAAGUUGAAAUAAAGUAAACCAUGUAUCCAUAUUGA